AUGGAGGGCAUACUGGCAGCACACAAGCAGCAGGAGAGCAAGGGCAACCUGUCCAAGACGAUCGACUCAGUCCAAUCACUCAUUGAUCUACUGCAAAAAACGCGUGACAAUGUGGCAGACACUCCAGACAAAGCUGCCCUCCACCUGGCCAAGCUCCAGAACCCAGUCAAGCAGUCGUUCACGAAGCUCGAGGAAGACCUGAAGGAGGUGAACAAGGGCAUGAACGCAUAUCAGAAGGCGCUUAAGGACAAGUUCAAGAAUGCAGCAUUGCCCACAAGCAGCAAUGAAGUCCUCCGUGGUAACCCGGAUCUGGUCAAUCGAGCAAUCGCAAUGCAUCUGCUGCGAGAGGGCAAGUUCGAUGUGGCCAAGACAUUUGUGAAGGAGGUUUCAGAGCGGCCGCCGCCGAUGGAUGAGGAGAUGGAGGGCAUGGAAGAGCGACCCGGCAGGAACUGGAUGCAAGACCUGGCAGAUGCAGACGAUAUGAUGCUGGAUGGCAUAGAAGCAGUCGCCGAUGGGGAAACUGGCAAGAGCGGGUUGCAGAAGAAGUUCUCGGAGAUGUACCACAUCCUCGAUGCCCUACGAAACCAGCACAAUCUCGAGCCUGCGAUUGAAUGGGCACGAAAUCACAGCUCCGAGCUGGAGAAUCGUGGCUCCAACCUCGAGUUCGAGCUGGCUCGCCUCAAGUUCGUCGAGCUCUACACAGAUGAAGACAUCAUGUCUGAAGCACCGUACGCUGGCCCCAUUCGUGCUAUGGAGUAUGCUCGCGAAACAUUCCCAACCCUUAGCAGCCGGUAUGCUCGAGAAACGACUAGCCUCCUCGGCUCUCUGGCCUUCUCACCAGCAAUAUCUACAUCGCCUUACCAUCCAUUCUUUCACAACACAUCAGCAUUCGAGGAAGCAUCAGUCUCUUUCACCCGCGAGUUCUGCGGCAUGCUUGGCCUUUCCUCACAAUCGCCACUCUAUACGGCAGUCACGGCAGGCGGCAUUGCACUACCCACCUUGGAAAAGGUCGAACGAGUGAUGGCUCAAGCACGAGGCCAGUGGACUUCCGUGAACGAGCUUCCUGUUGAGACGCCACUCCCACCAGGCUUCCUCUUCCACAGCAUAUUUGUAUGUCCUGUGAGUAAGGAGCAGGCAACUGACGCAAAUCCACCGAUGAUGCUACCGUGCGGGCAUGUCAUCGCGAAAGAGAGUCUGGAAAUGCACAGCAAGGGUAAGAGUCGGAUGAAAUGUCCGUACUGCCCCAACGAAAGCCAUCCGAGGGAGGCGAAGAGAGUGUACAUCUAG